AUGGAUUUACGUGUAACACCAUUAGUGCUCUUGUUAACGUGUUCGCAUAUGACAUGUGCGCCCGGGGAUCCAGUGAUGUUCCUGCCGCCGUUAGAAGUGCGAUCAUUAGACGCAAACGCUAGAUCAAUAUUCCCGUUGAUGAAUCAACAGUUUUCUAGUGCUAGUACGCCGUUUCAGCCAAUGAACCAAGACUUGACGCCGAUGCCGCAGCACAGGCAGCAGAUUUUUCACACCAAUCCUGCCCUAAUAGAGCAACAGACUCCAACGACAGAAGCUGAACCCGUGGAAAAAGAACCAGCGACCAGACACCACAACUUCACUAUCAGUGAGUUCAUGGAAGCUUUGAAUGGUGUUGCGGAUCACAACGAAGAAGGCCAUGAGUCCCGAGCUGCUAGCAGGGACUAUGAGUAUCCUUCAUCACCGUAUCCGUUAUCAUCGUAUCGACCACCUGGACCGUUUGGGAAUUCGUAUUAUCCGAGACCGUCCAAUUAUGGCCCACCAAUUUCAAACUAUAACUCACCAACUUCUGGUUAUGGUCCACCAUCUGGCUACGGACUACCUUCUCCAGGUUAUAAUAGUCCACCACCAUCGUAUCAACCACCAGCUGCCUAUGUACCACCUACAACUGUUCAUCACACGAAAGUGUUAAAACCAGAGCUCGAUAUUUUGAAACCAGUGAAAACUAAAAUAGCCAGCAAAGUGAGUGGCUUAAUCGGUUUAGUGCUUACGCUUCUUACAGGAUCAGCGCCCGACGACUUGGAACUGAAAGGGUUUAAAGAUAUCGUCAUUAAUGGAAUAGUCAAACCGCUCUUGGUAGCGAAAGGUGGUAUUAAAUCUCUGAUUAGUAAAUUGGCAAUACCGGUAAUAUCGCUGCUGUUGAUAAACCUGGAAGUUCUCAUAACGAUAUGGUGGCUCUGGGAGGAGUGUCCGGCACAAGAACAUCCUGCUCCUUACGUGUAUCCCUACCCAAAACCACAACAGUAUUAA